ACCAAUUCAGUUUGUCCGUGAUGUGUACACCGAGGAACUUAAAACUUUCCACCUUCUCCACUACUGACCCGUCGAUGUGGAUAGGGGGGUGCACCCUCUGCUGUUUCCUGAAGUCCACAAUCAUCUCCUUUGUUUUGUUGACGUUGAGUGUGAGGUUAUUUUCCUGACACCACACUCCGAGGGCCCUCACCUCCUCCCUGUAGGCCGUCUCGUCGUUGUUGGUAAUCAAGCCUACCACUGUAGUGUCGUCCGCACACUUGAUGAUUGAGUUGGAGGCGUGCAUGGCCACGCAGUCGUGGGUGAACAGGGAGUACAGGAGAGGAUUUAUGUUUUGUUUAUUUGUUUUUUGCUGAAUGACAUUGCGAAUAUAAUAAUUUUUGUAAUUUAACUACCGGUAUGUAUCUAAUCCGGUUUCGGCAUGAGAAAAUAUUAAUCCCAAAUUCCCGCAAAAAUUUGCGCACUAACGGAUACUGGGCAAUAGAAAUCAGAGAGCCGGUCACGAAUGCGGAGCCACUCCCAAAAAUAACAAGAUGUUUGUGACACAUUCAUGCGUUCCAAUUUGUCAUAAUUGUCUGUAGGUUCUAAAUUGUCUAUCAGCUUGGCUGUCCUUCAGAAAGUAGCUAAUACUUGUACUCUACAGCUGUAUUUUCCUACAGUUAAUAAUAAUACUAGCAACAAAACAGAUUUAAUUCCUUAAAAUGAUAUUGCCAGAUGGAAGAAAAUAACAAGCUUGAGAGAUCAUCCCGGACUUUGCCCCCUCUGCUGUAGCUGAGACGUCCCUGGGAGACAUAGUCUUAUUGUUCUAUGAUGUUUCUGACACUGAGACAGUCAGAGCCUUGUCCCAGUCUCUAGACCUGCCUGUCUGUGUGGUGGAUGACCUCCUGCCCUCUGAAGCUGUCAAUGAGAUGGAACAGAGCAAUUCUGCCAGGAGCAGAGCAACCUCAGUGACGGAAACCACAGAAGAGGGAAAGCUCAACAGUGUGGAAGAUCUGACACUUAUGGACUUCCUUCAAAACCUAACUGAGAAGCAAUGGAGGGGGAUUCGUGAGGGCAUGUUUGACCCGCUGACAAAACAACAGCUUGCCGGCUUGUGUCUGAGGAUUGAUCAGUUUUUAUCGGACAAGCUGAUGCAGAUCAUCAUCCCAGGUCUUUACGAACUACUGGGCAUCCAAGAUGCUGCCUCCUCUCAAUUGUCACAGAGAUCUCUCACAGCGUCACUCACCAGCCUGUUAGACGAUAAGGCUAACACCAAGUCCCGAGUGAGAUUUACUGAGGCUGGUGUACCUAAGAGGCCAGGCAGUCGAAAGUCUUACAAUAGCUUUCGCAUCCCGACUCCCUACCCUUCCUCCAACUGUAUGGAGCAAAAAGAGGAAGAAGAGCAGGAAUCACAACAACUUAAGUUCAAGGAGUUUUACCUGACUAAGGAGAUGGGCAGUCUGGGCAGUGGAAGCUACCUGCCCAAGGGGGCCAUGAGGUAUGUUCUUAAAGGGAAAUGUAACAACUUCAUAUUCAUCUCCAGCAUCACCAUAUGUGAAAAUUACACAUUUCCCUGCUUUGUAGUAAAAAAAGAUAUAGGAACGUAACUGUUUCCAAUAGUGCUGAGAGAUUAGUGCUUUUUGAGGUUGAUUUGGUUUCGAUUCAAAUAUUUAAAAAAUAAUCACGGUUUUCGAUUUCAAUAAUUUUUUUAGAUAUUGAAUGCACUAUGGAUUAUGUGGGUUCGAUGCUGUAACAACACAGAAUAAAAAUAUUAAUAAAAGUCCCAUUUGGGUAGUGACUGCCCAUUACUGCUUAUCACGUAUUAACCAUCAUUUACUUUCUCAUAAAAAAUAUUUAUUUGAUGACUUUAUUAUUUCAUUCCAAGUCAUCAACUCAUCUCUAUAGAGCUGCUGCCUAUGCUGUCUGACAAAAUCACUAUUUUAGUAGUUCUUCUAAGUAAAUAAGGCAUACUUUUAUGACUGCUGAAUACCAACUAUCAAUCACUUAGAUCAUGUAUUUCCAGGUAGGGAAACCUCGCAAAGCAACUGCUUUUUAUCGCUCUCAUGCAUUCUCUCAUCUCUCCGUCUCAGUCAAUGAGGUCUCCGUAUCUGCUCCACACAGAGUGGACAAAUAAACGGGCGUGCAAUGGAUUAUGGGAAUGAAUGACCAUAUUUUCUGUUCUAAACUAUGUAGAAUAUUGGCCUGUUGGAAACUACAACUCCCUACUACAUUGCAUAGUUCGUGCUUGAUCUGAUUUAUCUCUACAGAAACAGAGCAUCGAGCUCACAGAAGAAGAAACAAAUUAAAUAUAUGGAAUUCAAAUAAUUGAGCCGAAGUCGGUCAAUUAUUUGUUUAAAAACCGAAAAAUAACAAUAAUGUUGGUUAAAUGCUCAGCUCUAGAUUCUAAUGACAUCAUCAGUGUGCAUCGUGUGAUUUUAACCAAUUAUGAGUAGGUGUAACAGGGUUUUAUUGGUGAUUCCCCUUGCCACUUUAUUGUUAAGCCAAUGGGUUUUUGGUUUUAGUUUUGUCUUGCCGUCACCUACUCAACAUGGCAUCUUAUUGGCUGGUUUGCGUAGCUUGCUUACGAGGGAGGAUGUUUCAGUUAGAAUCGUCCCAUUGAACAAGCACCAAACCAGCGGUAAAUUGUUGGUUGUAAAGCACUGUACAUCAAAAGUGAUUUUUAUACUCCCAAGUGAUGAUUUAAAUGUACAAUUUAUAUACAUUUGUUUGUAAAUGUUAUUCGAACAUCACACAUAAGAUGCAGUGUUUUUUGGAGAAUAUUGGUUGUGCAUUUUGGUUGUAAAGAAUUCCCCCCAGUACUAGCUAGCAACUUACUGUGUCUGGUGGGGGGGGGUUCAUAUAUUUUGUACAGUGCGUGAGUGCAGAGUUGGAUGGUGAGCCGUGCAUUGCAUGACGUGCAAUUUUGUGCUGUUCCUAUCAGGCAAUGUAACAGUAUAAUUUUAUGGCGUCCCCUCGCCCCGACACGGGCGCGAACCAGGGACCUUCUGCACACAUCAACAACUGACACCCACGAAGCAGCGUUACCCAUCGCUCCACAAAAGCCGCGGCCCUUGCAGCGCAAGGGGAAACCCUACUUAAAGUCUCAGAGCAAGUGACGUAACUGAUUGAAAUGCUACUAGCGCGUACCCGCUAACUAGCUAGCCAUUUCACAUCCGUUACAUAGGCAUAGCCUACAAAUUGGUUGAUGAUGUCAUAGAAAACACUUAUCUUCCUCUUUCUUUUUUACUACAAAACAUAGAAAUGCCAAUUUUUCACAUAUGCUGAUGUUGGGGUGGUGCUGGAGAUGAUGAAUAUGAAGUUGAAACAUUUAGACAUUUCCCUUUAACAUUUCUUCAAACUGCCUUGUAUUUACGAUUGUCCUUGAAGUUAUUAGAAGUUACAGUAUUUGAAGUUUAUAGCAAUUUGGAUUUUGCAGAGGAUAGAUAUUGCCAGGAUAGAUAGAUAUCUACAGGCCAGUUUCAAUACAAAUUACUUUUACAAAAAACAUUUGAUUGGGCUUUAGAAAUGAAGCAGUUAGGCUGACAUCACACUAAGGUUUUUUUCUCAGAGAAACAGCAGUGUUUUCCUCAUUGUUUUCAAUG